UCACAGCCAAGCCUAUUCACAACCAACUCGACCAUCAACUACAUACGACGACGAUGAGCUACCAACCCAUCCAAGCCACACACAACCACCAGCACUUGGUCCCACCUCGGAGUCGGAAGUGCAACCUGCUCCUGCUCACCCUCAUCCCAAUCAUCUUCUGUCUCUCCUCACUCAGCUUCAUCGCCUUCAAGCAAUCCCACUCAUCUCAACCAACACUAAUAUCAUCUCCCUCACUCUACUCACUCAAACUCUUCGACCAUCACCAGCUCAAAUCUCAGGCCAAACAACUCUCAUCUGACCUCCUCAGCUGGCUCGACUCCGUCCACAACCCACUCCGACUUCCCUAUUCUUCAACCUCUGACUACGACCCUGACCAGGAUAACCCGCUCCUCAAUCCACCCAACGACCAGUCUCCUCAUCCAAUCCUACCCCUCCUCCUCAACUCACGCCAAUCCUGGAAAUCAAUCCUACACUCUCAGCCACUCUCUCUCCAACAGGCCCGGCUGGACUAUGAACAGAACUUCCAUCCACUCCAACCACCUCCCGGCUUCGAUCAAUGGUUCCAAUUCGCACGGCUACAUAACUUCACCCUCAUCAACCGAUUCGACAGCCUCAUGUCUGAUCUCGAACCAUUUAGAAAGCUAGCCCCCACCGAACUGAGCCGUCGCACUCAAGAACUCGUCAAGAUCCCCGGCAUCACCCUCGUGAAAAUUAACCCAGACUCGAGCGUCCAAACUAGCUCGCCCAGUGGUCGAUUUGCUGCCGGCCAUGCACUACAACAGAUCAUCGAUCGCAUCCACUCUCAAUCCGACUUCAAACUCCCUCCACUCGAACUAGCCAUCAAUGAAAACUCAGAAGCAAGAGUCUUACCUCGGCAGACCCGUCCACUAGCAGGCGAAGAAUUCAGCUAUCUCUCUGAUGAGGAUCGAAUACUCUACGACCAGCAAGAUCCGGAAAAGAAGCCUUCGCUGGCUGGAUUCAAACCUCAAUGGGGGCAAGAUGGGAACGUAUGGGAUGCCUAUCGGCGUGCCUGUCCCUCUGACUCUGCCGCACGACGUCUGGUAGAGACCAUCCGAUCAGCUGAAUCUCUUACGGGUGCCGUGGCUGCUGGUGGUGGACUAUCGUCAUUGAGCUCAACUCAAACCCACCUUUCCAUGAACCGCCCAACUCGGCUUCGAGCCCUCCAUCCAAUAGGAACUGCCCCUCUACCCUCGCGGAGAGAGCUAACCUUCCUGAGUGAACUCGAAUCAGCCGCCUCAUUCUGCGAACGGCCAUCGACUCAUCGACUCCACUCUGCCUUCUUUGCCGACCAACGCUCAAUAGAACAUCUCUAUCCACUCUUCUCACCCUCGAAACCUCAAGGCUUCGCUGAUAUCCUCAUACCAUCUUAUUAUCAUUAUUCCCCAAGGGCCGAAUUCGUUUACGAGUCUGAUUAUAAAUCCGGUCGGAACCCGACUCCAGCCGAUAUUCCAUGGAAUCAAAAGGCUAACAAGAUGUAUUGGCAUGGGAAACUUACCAGGGGUGCUGACACACCACCCGGCCACACGAGUAGCUUCCAGAAACAGCGGCUGGUCAAGUUGGUCUCAAACGAUACCGAAUCUGCUGCCUCCCUAACCUCGACGGCCCAUAAGCAGGGUGAGACCGAUCCAUCGUGGCGCUCAGAAACAAGUCGAGUCCUGGUUUCCCUCAACGUCACCUCCGAAAACUUACUCUCCGUCUCUGCACCGGCAACGGUCGUCGACCCACUUAUGCUGGAUAUCGCCAUGGCAUGUGAUCCCAAAGCUGGGGAAUGCCACGAACUCCUCAAGCAGGGAUAUCACAUCCAACCACCCGCACCAUUGAGCGAAUGCUGGAAGGCCAAAAUGACCUUAGAUCUCGAUGAUGCUGGCUUCUCUCCUCGGUUCAGUGCCCUGAUGGAAAGUCACAGCGCGGUGGUCAAAAUGAGUGUCCAUCAGGAGUUCUGGCGAGAUUGGGUACAACCCUGGUAUCAUUUCAUUCCGCUCUCGUCGUCUUAUGCGGAAUUGCAUAACUUGGUCACUUUUUUCAUGGGCAUUCCAGAGAUACUAAAAGAGCAAGUGCUUCCGAUCAAAAAAGAGUCUAAACGCAAGAAGCUUGGCAAGCGCUCAGUGAUUCCUGAUGGGAACCAGCAGCAGCAGCAGCAGUCAGGAGGGGAAAGCGAAGCCAAGUUGAAAGAAGAAGAAGAAGAAAAAGUCACAACAGGUGGUCCAAUAGCAACAGUCUCGGAUCAGCAGAACAAUCAGACCGCCCAGCAGGACGGCCCGAGUCCCGGCAAACAAGAGCAGGAAAAGGAAGCUUAUAUCGGGCUGGAGGGAUUCGAUGCUGAUGAUGAGCUGAGGAAGAUUGCCGAGAACGGGCGGGAUUGGAAGUUGAGACACUUGCGACAAGAGGACAUGGAGGUUUAUCUCUUUAGAUUGUUGAUCGAAUGGGCUAGAAUCUUGGAUCCACAAUCUUCAUCACCAUCACCAUCAUCAUCACCAUCAUCAUCAUCAUCACCAUCAUCAGACCCUACAAUCAAAACAUCAACAACACCCCCCUCUGCAUGAACAAUACACUUUUUUUCUUAUUUCAUUUAUCUGUCUAUCUACUUAUUUUUGGUUUUCUACUAAUUUUGCUGUGCUUGUAUCUCUGUUGUAAUCUUUCAUGUAUUUCCUACCACUGCCAAUUGUAGACAACCAAAUGGACAACUUCUUUUCUCUAACUAAACUCUUUUUUUUCUUUGACUUUACUUUUUUUUUUUGGUACUCCUUGUACAUAAUCCAAUUGACAUAAUAAAGCUCGUUUUCCUCAUUGUUAUUAUUAUUAUUAUUAUUAUUUUGGUGGUGGUGGUGAUGGUGAUUUGAUUUCUUCUCAACAAAAAAAGAUGGCACUUUCUGCGGUGACCAACUAGAAAGAGUAUGUAGUUUAGGUGUUUAUACAAUGUAAAAUAUGUGUCUGAGUGUAUUUUUUUUUUU